AUGCAUCUCCCAACCCUCAUCGGCGCUCUCGCAUUGACGACCAACACCGCUUUCGCAGCCUACUCCAUUGUCAACAACAAGUGCCACUACCCUGUCUGGGUAACAUCCGUUCAGCAUACAAGAACCGAGCUUCAGAAGAUUCAGCCGGGUGUGACGUGGACCGAAGUACAGAAACACGCGGACAACGGCACAGGUGUCAAUAUCCAGAUCAUCGCUCAGGAAGAUGGUUUCGCUGCCGGCACGCCGAUCUUGAAUAUGCAGUACUCCUAUGGGGAGGGACUUUGGUACAGCUUGAGUAGCGUGAAGGGUCCUGCCUUCGCAGGCCAGAAGCUCCGCAUCCACAACACCGAUAGCCUGCCUGUUACGGAGAUUGUUUGGAUCGGCGACCAUAGGCCGGAGGGUACCGAGGCCUAUACUCACGGUGAGGCAAGCUUGACGCUCGAGCUGUGCGACGACUUUGCUCGGCGCUUCAAAGCCUAG